UUCACCUCACUUCUUAUUUGUUUAAUCACGUGACACACAGUCAUUGCGAUAUUACAAUCAUUGUUCCGUUACAGAGAAACAACUACAAGAAUUCUUUCACAAAAUUAAACCCCAAAAUUUGUUGUAUGUGUAGAGGCAAAUAUAUACUGUGUGCCCCAAAAUUCUCAAGGAUUACGCCAUGACUUGUUAUUAAAGUGUACUGCUUGCUCUUUCAUCAUGUUUAUCUCAUUUGUCUUUUCACUGCAUGUGUUUUUUUGUUGUUGUUGUUUUUGGGGUAAUAGUUUGGUAGUAGGGCCAUAUAUGUUUAUGUGUGUGAAGACCUUUUGUUUGUAAAGUAGACCUUUUGAUAACUAAUAAGAGUUGACAUGAAAUGGAUCACGGAAGAAGACGUAUCUGAUGAAUGAUUCAAUCCCCUCUCACCCACACGGGUUCUUCUAUGGAAGGGGUUCCCCUUCUUCUAUGUGAGGUGGGGCGUACGUCAGAGCGGAACCUAGAUAGAACCCGGAGCGCCGGCCCCGGCCGCCGAUACAGUGACCAUUUCUGCCUAUAGAUAUAGAUGGAAGGUAGCUUGCUUCUCCUAGGCGGCUACCUGCACAUGUUAUUCGCGAAGAGAAGAAAAGGCAGCGAGCGGUUCUUCGCUUAUCAAUUAGAAAGUUUCAGCACGGCAACAAAGAUAGAACCAAAUAGAACCCCAAGUGGAAGAGUAAGAAGCAUCAUCGAUAAGAGAAUCUCAGCAUAAGAGAAGGAAAAUCCCUGAUUGAAAAAUGGAGGUAGAGACAGAGACUAUGGUGGAGAAGAGGGAGAUAAUCAACAACGUGAUGUGUCUUUUGACAGACCCAGAUGGAACUCCCUUGGGCUCUCCCAUGUACCUACCUCAGAAUGCUGGCCCUCAACACCUCAAUCAGAUUGUUAAUAAGCUUCAAAACAAUGAAGAGAAGUUGCCGUAUGCUUUCUAUAUAUCAGAUGAGGAGCUCAUUGCGCCACUUGAAACAUACUUGCAGAAAAACAAAGUCUCGGUGGAGAAGGCUUUGCCUAUAGUUUGUCAACCUCAAGCUAUUUUCCGGAUUCGUCCUGUGAAUCGCUGUUCUGCAACUAUUUCUGGUCAUGCCGAAGCUGUACUUAGUGUUGCCUUCAGUCCCGAUGGACGACAACUGGCAAGUGGUUCUGGUGAUACCAGUGUUCGAUUUUGGGACUUGACCACUCAGACACCAUUGUACACUUGCAAAGGACACAAGAACUGGGUACUUUGUAUUGCAUGGUCACUGGAUGGAAAGUAUCUUGUAAGUGGGAGCAAGUCUGGUGAACUUAUUUGUUGGGACCCUCAAACUGGAAAGUCAUUAGGCAAUCCACUAACUGGUCACAAGAAAUGGAUUACUGGUAUCGCUUGGGAACCUGUCCACCUGAAUUCUCCAUGCCGUCGCUUUGUAAGUGCCAGCAAAGAUGGGGAUGCUCGUAUAUGGGAUGUUUCUUUAAAGAAAUGUGUUAUGUGCCUUAGUGGCCACACACUUGCAAUAACAUGUGUAAAAUGGGGUGGAGAUGGUGUGAUUUAUACUGGUUCUCAGGAUUGUACUAUCAAAGUCUGGGAAACCACACAAGGGAAACUAAUCCGUGAACUUAAGGGACAUGGGCAUUGGGUUAAUUCUUUGGCAUUAAGCACCGAGUAUGUUCUUCGCACAGGAGCUUUUGAUCAUACUGGAAAACAAUAUUCAUCUCCAGAGGAAAUGAAGAAGGUUGCUCUGGAAAGGUAUCAAGCAAUGAGAGGCAAUGCCCCUGAGAGAUUGGUCUCUGGAUCUGAUGAUUUUACUAUGUUCCUUUGGGAACCUUUUGUCAACAAGCAUCCCAAAACUCGCAUGACAGGUCAUCAGCAGCUUGUGAACCACGUCUAUUUUUCACCUGAUGGGCUAUGGGUGGCAAGUGCUUCUUUUGAUAAAUCUGUGAAGUUAUGGAAUGGCACCACAGGGAAAUUUGUUGCUGCCUUUCGGGGCCAUGUCGGGCCUGUUUACCAGAUCAGCUGGUCUGCAGACAGUAGACUUCUUCUAAGUGGCAGCAGAGAUUCCACACUUAAGGUUUGGGAUAUUCGGACUCGGAAGUUGAAACAAGAUCUUCCAGGCCAUUCUGAUGAAGUUUUUUCUGUUGAUUGGAGUCCCGAUGGAGAGAAGGUAGCCUCUGGUGGUAAGGAUAAAGUGCUGAAGUUGUGGAUGGGCUAGGCUAAUUUUGGGACGAAUGUUGGAAUCUGAAGUAAGUGUAAUCUAAUCUCAAUUGAGUCAUGGAGAUUCCAAUGCAAGGUCCUCUUUAAAUUAUAUGGACAGCAUAUAAGAUGUGUUCAUCAGAAAUAUUACUCCACAUAAGCAAUUCAGGUCUGGCCCUGGACGAAGUUGCUCAAAUUGAGUCUCAGCACAGUGGUAAAGAAGCUGAUUGAAAUUUUUGGAUGCCAAUCACAUACUAGCGAGAAUAUAUACCUACCAAGAUGUUUUAUUGUCUGUUUUGAAGUCUUUUUGUUUUUGUCCUACCCUGGCAUUUUCUUCUAACAACAAUGGCCAUUUUUUGGUUAAACUGUCAUUUUUGUUCACCUUGUCACUUUUGUAGUGUUUGAAUGGAGUAUUUUAAAUUGAGAUGUAACGGUUAAAAUUUA